AUGUCUAGAGCUGUUGAUGAUAUUCACGCUGUGUCAGUGUCUACGUCUGGUCCCAUGCCACAACGCAGCACUAGACUUGUGGAGGCACCGUCCUUUACGGAGGGGAGCCAAUGCCCACCACAGCGGCCAACCUCACCUCCUACCCCUGAGUUUGUGACACCGGUGUCUUCACCACAAACGUCUGCACUCUUGGGCGGUGACAUGACGCGAUUGAGCCUUGGUCCGCCUGCGACCCAAGGUUCCGGUGCGUUCUUGCCUGCUAGGCAAACCACUGCUGCGCAGGAGGUAGAGGUAGAUGCUCCUCCUCAACGGAAAAAAGAGAGAGAUCCCAACGCUGAAUAUGGUGGUCUUGAACAUGACCCCAAACUCCCAUCUCCGGAGUAUCAUGCUGGGAAGGUGGACUGGUAUCCUGAUCUUUUUGAGGACCAGAUUUGCCGAACACUCUCUCCGUAUCACAAGAGGUUGAUUGCUCGAAUGAAAGCGAAAUGGUCCACGGAUUUCCAGUGCCUCAGAGCUGUGCCAGACGAUGCCGCCCUUCGGCAGAACAUAGCACUUCUCGUUCAAGAGGCCUGGGACGUAUUCAAAGAAUAUGUUCCCUAUUGGACUUCUGAUCCCGAUUGGUCCAUGCCUCCGGUUCUGGGGGAGCGCCUUCGGGAGAUGCAGAUUGCAGAAGCCUAUCGAUGUGUGCUACGUCGGGAGUACGAGCUAGAGAGGGAGGUUGAUUUCAACCCCCUUUACGGACCAUAUGAUCACCGAGCAUCCCCAAGUGCCCCCGGAAACUGCCUCCGCGGUAAAGGUCCACUUCGCAGUGUUGCACAAUACUUUGUCUACCUCGAUCCUAUCGAGGCACAACUGCUUGAGAAGGUCGACCAGAUCCACAUGCUCCAUAAGGGCCUUCUGGAUGGUCAGACCCUCAGAUCCGAUAAGCAGGCAAUUGCUCAGGCAUUUCGGGCUUAUCGGGAAGCAGUCAGAUUACUUGUUCGAGAGCUUAGUGCCAAAGUUGAACAGUUGAAUGAUCUGGUCACCCCGACCAUUGCUUUUUUCGAGCACGAAAAGGGAAGAAUCUUUCGCUGUUUCAAUAACUUUGAGCAACUCGUGCAGCUGCAAAUUAGCCGCCUCGACCCAGAAGGGAAGAAGGGGGUGGGCAACCUCUUCGCGGUCCUGCGGGAAGGAAACAGUAUGGAAAUUUCAUACUACUAUGAUCUGAGCAAAAGUCCCAAGAUUGUGAAGGAGCUCUAG